AUGGAUACCUUUAGCGUUGCCUUACAACCUCAAUUCCUAUCUCCAGUUCCUGACACCGAUCAAACCACCUACAAAACCCGUUACUGGGAGCUUCCUGAUGAAAGGCGACAUGACUUGGCAUUGCUUUCUCAAUUUAUCAAAGAGCAGAUUGACAAGAAGGACAAAGUAAAGCAAAAUUUUGAUUCAUCUUUUGGGUCUACACUGAAGUCAAUAAAUGAUAAAACCACCAUGCUGAACAGAGAUGUCAUGACUUUAAGCGAGAAGUUGGAAGCUACAGAUAAAAGCAUAGAUCAUCUCAUUUCGCAAACCAUGGGGCAUCGUCUGGAAGUUAAUAGUGCUAGUGAUGUCCUGCAAUCAAGAAACAUGCUCGGUGGUAGUGAGAAUGGGAAACUCUUUGAAAACACAACCAUCAACAUGGAAAAGAGAAUAAAUCAGUUAUCAGAGACAGUAUCCACGCUUGAACAGACGGUCAAUAGCUUAGAGACAAACGCUUCAUUUUCUCCACAACUCAUUGGUGCCGUGUUGAAUCGUCAAAGCAGAGCAUUCGUCUCUUUAGCAGGUUGUGUUGCUCAUACCCAUCAAGAGAUUGUCCAUCUUUUGGAAUAUCAUAGAUCAAGCAGUUGA